AUGAAAUUAUAAAAGGAGAGAGAGCACAAUUGUGGUGAUGGUGAGAAAUGGAGCAUUUUGUUUGGAGGGUGUUGCCUUUGCUCACAAUCCUCAUUUCCUUAGUAGUAUUCUUCUACUUGCAGGAUUCUUACAGGGCCCAUUUGCAUCCUCUCGUAAAGUUCCCGCGGAAUAAGUGCAGCCUUCUUCCCCAUCGUCAUUUCUGGAUAACCAGCAAACGCAUUGUGACCCCACAAGGGAUCAUUUCUGGUUCAGUGGAGAUAAAUGAAGGGAAAAUAAUAUCUGUCAUCGAGGGAUAUAGUAAGCAGGGGAAGUCUAAGCAAGAAAAAAUAAUUGAUUAUGGAGAUGCUGUUGUCAUGCCUGGCUUGAUUGAUGUGCACGUACAUCUUGAUGAGCCAGGAAGAACUGCAUGGGAAGGAUUUGAUACUGGUACCAGAGCUGCUUCUGCUGGUGGUGUAACAACAGUGGUUGACAUGCCUCUAAACAAUCACCCUACAACUGUGUCUAAGGAAACACUGAAACUUAAGCUUGAAGCUGCAGAGAAUAAAAUCUAUGUUGAUGUUGGAUUUUGGGGAGGCCUAAUCCCUGAAAAUGCACAUAAUACAAGUAUUCUUGAAGGUCUCCUAAGUGCCGGUGUUCUCGGUUUGAAGUCUUUUAUGUGUUCUUCGGGAAUUAGUGACUUUCCUUUGACUACUAUUCACCAUAUCAAGGAGGGAUUGUCUGUGUUAGCAAAAUAUAGAAGGCCUUUACUUGUGCAUUCUGAGAUUCAACAACAUUCUAAAAAACAUUUGGAGCUUAAUGAUAAAGGUGGUCCGCGUGCUUACUUGACCUAUCUCCACACUAGGCCACCUUCAUGGGAGGAAGCAGCCAUUAAAGAACUUGUAGGUGUUACGAAGGACACAAGAAAAGGUGGUCCUUUAGAAGGAGCACAUGUUCACAUUGUCCACUUGUCUGAUUCAAGUGCUUCCUUAGAUCUGAUUAAGGAAGCAAAAAGUCGUGGUGACAGCAUAAGUGUUGAGACUUGUCCCCAUUACUUAGCUUUCUCAUCUGAAGAGAUACCAAAUGGAGAUACUCGUUUUAAGUGUUCCCCGCCCAUUCGUGAUGCUUAUAACAGAGAAAAAUUAUGGGGGGCUGUAUUAGAGGGACACAUUGACCUAUUAAGUUCUGAUCAUUCACCAACUGUGCCUCAACUCAAGCUUCUGGAGGAGGGUGACUUCUUGAAGGCUUGGGGUGGUGUAACAUCUUUGCAGUUUGAUCUUCCAGUGACGUGGUCUUAUGGGAAGAAACAUGGACUAACUCUAGAACAGUUGUCGUUAUUGUGGAGCAAGAAACCUGCAACACUUGCGGGGUUAGAAUCAAAAGGGGCCAUUGCAGUUGGAAACCAUGCAGAUAUUGUAGUUUGGAAACCAGAGGUGGAGUUUGACCUGAAUGAAGAUUAUCCUGUUUUCCUUAAACAUCCUAGCCUCUCUGCUUACAUGGGAAGAAGGUUAUCAGGAAAAGUUUUGGAGACUUUUGUUAGAGGAAACCUUGUGUUUAAGAAAGGAAAGCAUGCUCAUGCAGCCUGUGGUGUUCCAAUUCUAGCCAAAUGAAUUAGUUAAAUAUUGGCAGGUUUCUUUCAGAUGCUAGUUUCUUUGGGGCACAAUAAGAGAUGGGAAGUAGCUGCCGGCAUCGGCCAUUGACCUAGCAUUCUCCUUCUCAUAGACUAGUGCAUACCAUGUAUUAUUGCAGUUUGGAUGUUUGGAUAGUGACACUAAUGUCAUACUUGAAUGUAUAUGUAGAUUAUAAUUUUACAAAUUCUAAAGUUUCUUUCUUAA